UAUUCUCGUGCAUUCUUCCGCACGCUUGAUUAUGUAAUCCUACCCUUGCAUGUAAAACACUUGAAUGACUCAGAUGGUCUAUAUCGGAGGGUAUAAAAGCCGGCUCUGACAGAACACAAACACUCUGAUUUCGGCAUCCAAACUGUACAGACAGAAGCGGAGAGACCCUAAGAAAGAGAAUGGUAAACACAAAGACGACCCCAAUGAAGGCAUGUCCUAUGUGCAAGUUCAGAACCGCUGGAACAGAAGAGCUCAGGGAGCAUCUUGUGAUGUGUGGUCUGAAACACUCUGAAAAGAAAGCAUUUGCCUGUACGCAUUGUAACUUCACGACUACAAAGCAAGUAUACCUUACUCGUCAUGAGAAAAGACAUAUCGAAGAGAAGGGUAUGGACAAAAACAGCCAACCUGAGACCGUCCAUGUGUCUAAUCUACCAGAGGAUAAGCAGACCGCAGGAUCCAGUGACAGCUCAAGCAGCUCCAGUAGUGAUAGUGACGAUGGGUCGGAUGAUGAUUCCUAUCCUUCGCCUAAGGAAACAGAAGAUUGGCAAAAGCAGGACCCUGGGAGCUUACUGUCCGAGGAGUCGGAGAAAGAAACUACUGAGCCAGUUGUCCCAUCUGACAACAGACCUUCAACCUCAGCUACAGCAGUGGCCACAAAUCCUGUACCCCCGGAUGAUUCUUUGAUGGGUCGGGUGAUCAGGAAAUCAACAAAACCUACACUGCCAUUUCAUAAGAAGAGAAUAGCAGAACAAAGUGGUGAACCAGGCAAAAGGCUACGUGCCACAGAUCUGCGACAUGUCAUCCCGAAACCAGUAACUCUGGAUCAUCCCACGAAGCGACAUACGAGUACGGUUAGUCGACGUUUUGUUAGUGUUGGAGUCCAGACGGAGCCCGCCAUGAACAAAACUAAGCGGACAGUCACGACCACUUAUCGAUAUCAUGAUGCAGGCAAGCAAGUGAAACAAACCACGGUAGAUGAAACCUAUUUUUAUUUGGAUACCUUCACUGGAAAUAGAGAAUAG